GGGAGCACGCGAGCCGUCUAUAAGUACCGCAGCGGCGUGUGUCGGCGGCAGAAGCGGAGAUACGUCCUGCACGACGCAACGCACGCUCCCGUACUCAGAUGACAGCGCAGUGAUAACAAGCGAUAUAACGCAGACUGAUCGGUGGACCCGACUGUCGCGCAUCUCUUAUAUGUUCUGCAGCGACACAUAAAGAUUUUUUUUUUCUUCUUUCCUGGCGCUUCCAAAGAGGAUUUACUUCUUUUACGCAUUUUCCCUGCUUUGAUCAAUAAUGCCAGCUGACACUAUGGAAAAGCAGACGGCAUCUCCUAUUGCCGGUGCCCCUGCAAACGGAUCACACACACCGGACAAACCGAAAAAUGCCAGCGAGCAUAGAAAAUCAUCCAAACCCAUCAUGGAAAAACGCCGCAGAGCGAGAAUAAACGAAAGCCUUGGGCAGCUCAAGACACUCAUCCUGGACGCACUUAAAAAAGACAGCUCCAGACACUCCAAGCUGGAGAAAGCAGACAUCCUGGAAAUGACAGUGAAGCACUUGAGGAACCUGCAACGCGUACAGAUGAGUGCACUCUCAGCAGAUGCUACCGUCCUGAGCAAAUACAGAGCAGGAUUCAACGAGUGCAUGAACGAGGUCACCCGCUUCCUGUCCACCUCAGAGGGGGUGAACACGGAGGUGAGGUCGAGGCUCCUCAACCACUUGUCCAGCUGCAUGAGCCAGAUGAUGUCCAUGAACUACCCGCAGCAGGCCCCGUCCCAGCAGGCGCACCUGGCACAGCCCCUCCAUGUGCAGCUCCCAUCCACUCUGCCCAUCAGCGGCGCCGCCAUGGGCUCCAAACUCAGUCCUGCAGAGGCCGUCUCCCCCAAGGUCUUUGGUGGGUUCCAGCUGGUGCCCGCAACCGACGGACAGUUCGCUUUUUUGAUCCCUAACCCGGCCUUUGCCUCCGCCACAGCCCCUGUUAUCCCUCUUUACGCAAACGCAGGAGUGCCUGUUGCAGUUAACGCCAGUCCGGUGCACGGCGGCUCGGCACCGACUGCAGCAUCUCCAGUCCACGGCAUGACGUCCUUCUCUGGGGGGUCCCAGGCGGUCAGCCCGGUUGGGGUCAGCACCGGCUCAGAGAGCAACGAGCCUGUGUGGAGGCCUUGGUAGCGUAAAGGCUAAGAGACUCAUGUGAAACCAGUUUGCAUUACUUUUCCAGUUUAGACUUUUAACUGACUGCACACAAGGCUGUUGCGGGGGUUUGAACCUGUGACUUUUCCGCUACGGGACGGUAACUCUAACCACUUAAUACCCACCCGUAGUUCUAAUUGUUUCGUUUUAUGGAACAGGGGCCUUAGAUGGCACAACGUUUUUAUCAUUUAUUGCCUGAUUCCAAAAUUUGGAUGUUGGUGAUAAAUAUGCUGUACACGCAGAUGGAAGAUUUAUAGGAUUUUUUGUUAUGAAGUACUUUUUAUGAAAAGGUUUAGUUUUGUACAGAGUUGUUAUUGAUUGUUAUACCAAAGCUGUGUUUUAUAUUCCUUGUUGUUUUUGUGUUGAAAGGAAAAAACUGAAGUUGGGUGAUGGCCCAUUGUUUUAAUAAAUGAGAUUUCAGAAAUUAA